AUAAAAUCCAAUAACUUCUCACAGAUUCAUACUGCACAAAAAGCUCAAUGAACUUUGCAAGAGCCGCACAGCGCAUCAAGUCCAUUCAAAACUUUCUUACUAGACAGACAGUUCCCCGUAUUCCUGUACCUGCUAUUGCUGCUGGACAAUCCAGGUUAGUCACAAUGGCUUCAACUACAGAUACCAAGAACUACAAGUUCAACCACUCAAUGAUCCGAGUCAAGGACCCCAAGGCUUCCGCUAAAUUCUAUGAAUUCCUUGGCAUGAGCCUUGUGAAGAAGCUCGAAUUCCCUGAUAGCAAAUUCGACCUCUACUUCUUCGGCUACGACUCUCCUAAUGCCCUGUCACACAACAAGAGCACUUUUGACAGGCAAGGACUUAUCGAGUUGACUCACAACUACGGCACUGAGGAUGAUCCUGAGUACAAGGUGAACAACGGUAACCAAGAGCCUAACCGUGGUUUUGGCCACACCUGCAUUGCCGUCGACAACAUCCAGGCCGCCUGCAAGCGUAUUGAGGAUGCUGGUUAUAAGUUCCAGAAAAAGCUGACAGAUGGACGCAUGCGAAACAUCGCCUUUGUACUUGACCCUGAUGGCUACUGGGUCGAGGUCGUUGCCAGAAAUGAUUACAAGCAGACAGAAGAUGUGAAGGAGACUGAUGUGUCUACCUACACUAUGAACCACACCAUGCUUCGUGUCAAGGAUGCUGAGAAGUCCUUGAAGUACUACCAGGAGGUUCUUGGCAUGUCUCGACUGCGCACCCUUGAGAACCCUGAGGCCGGCUUCAACCUCUACUUCCUUGGCUACCCUGGCGAUCAGCCUUUCCCUGAAGGUCAGGAUGAGAAUACUAUCACCCAUCGGGAGGGUCUUCUCGAAUUGACAUGGAACUAUGGCACCGAGAAGGAUGAGAACUUCCACUAUCAUGAUGGUAACAGCCAGCCUCAGGGAUUUGGCCACAUCUGCGUUUCGGUUGACAACAUUGAUGCGGCUUGCAAGCGAUUCGAGGAUUUGAACGUGAGCUGGAAGAAGAGACUUACAGACGGCCGAAUGAAGAACGUUGCCUUCUUGCUGGAUCCUGAUGGCUACUGGAUUGAGCUUGUACAGAAUGAAAAGUUCUCUGGCAAGGAGAACUUCUAGAUGCCCAAACUUGCAUAUUCUAUAACAACGGAGUGUUAUAUCUCAAGAUUGAGAAAUCAAACUUAGAAACGAUGUCAUGAAAUAAGGCAUCAAAUCUACGCAUACUUAGCCGCAUAAGAAGGAAAAUGAAGCCAAUCAGCAUAAUAUUGCAGAACGAACGAUGCACAAUGUAAAAGGCGUGGGGCAAGCAAUUGAUCUCCGGUCGUUUUUUC